GAGUUCUAUGGGCCCGACCCCAAAUCCUCCCCUGACUACGGCCGCAUCAUCAACCAGCGCCACUUCAACCGCGUGAUGGCUCUACUGGAUGGCUCCACAGCAGCUCUAGGGGGGCAGAGUGACGCGUCGCAGCGCUACAUUGGUACGCAGACUGAUAGGGCUCACAGAUAUUUGGUGAUAUAUUUGUAGUUGGCAGACUUGGGUUUUAAUAGUACUGUAUUUGACCUAGGGUUGCAACAUGACCAGGACAUUUCCCAAAGUUCCAAGGUUUUCCAGAUAUCCCAGUUGGAGAAUUCCAAGUUGGAGGAUUCCUUACAUGCUUAUUCCCUCUUGAUUCCAGGAAUCUCCCAACUGGGCUUGCUCCAACUGGCAAUCCUCCAACUAAGAAUUUACCAAUUGGGAAUUAUCCAACUGGUAUUUCUCCAAGUGACAUUUCUGGAAUACCUAGGACUUUGGGAAAGUUCCAGAAAUGUUGCAGUUGGGAAUCCUCCAACUGGGAUUUCUGAAACACUUGGGAACUAUGCUUGGUCUGUCAACAACCCUGACCUCUGACCCCUCAGCCCCCACGGUGGUGAAGGACGUGCCCCCCCAUGCUAGGCUGAUGCAGGAGGAGAUCUUCGGCCCCCUGUUGCCCAUAGUGACAGUCAGCGACAUAGACGACGCCAAUCCACUUCAUCAACGAGAGAGAGAAGCCCCUGGUGCUCUACGUCUUCUCCUCCAACAAGAAGGUAAGGUCUGGAGGGAGCUAGUGAGCCAGCUAUGGACUAGGGCUAAGUCCCAAAUCAACCCCUACGCCCUAUGCCCUUGUGGAGAUCUUAGAGAAUUUAAUUAGUAUAAGCGACAUGGUGAAACUUCAGUGGACAAGGUGGAGCUAUUAAGAUAUUGCUUACAUCUGUCAAAUCUACUCAGAUCUACACAAGUGGGCUUAGGGGCUGAUUUGGGAUUGGGCAUGGGUCACUUUUAGGUGAUCCCUUGGUGAAAUGUGAUUAUACUGUAAGAAGGUAAGCUGUUACUGUGGCAACAACAUUUGUACUUAUUUUGGUAUGUACAGUAUGUAUUUACAUAUUUCUGUCUAUGUCAAUAAGGUGAUAAAGCGAAUGCUGGCUGAGACCACCAGUGGCGGGGUGACGGUCAACGACGUUAUGAUGCACUACACCAUCAACUCUCUGCCUUUCGGGGGUGUAGGUAAGAACUG